UACCCACCCACCCACCUACCUGCCCACCUACCUACCUACCUACCUGCAUUUCUGCCUUCCUGCAUUUUGUAUCAGUGCCCUCCUUUGCAUAAGUCAAAACAUAAACUUAUAUAUAUUUGCUCAUGAAUGUAUCAUCUUUCCCUGUUUAUCAGUGGUAUAUAUAGUUUUUACCUUGCUGUCUAACUGGCAAAGAUUACUGCAUGGAGGGAAUAUUUUUAGAAAAGGCAUCUGAAUAUUCCAUCAAUGCAAGGAGGGGAAGCUAUUGACAAUUAGGCCUACGAAGGGGAAUCAGCAGAGCACCAGUGAGACAGGCAGGCAUCUUGUGUUGAAUCCUUGUGGGUGUUGACAAGCUCUAGGAUCACUAGCUAUGAGACUUAGCCUCAGUAUGGUCUACCUACAGUAGGUAUUAUCAGUACUAGGCUUCCAUGAGGAGAACACAGGUCUGUGUUUUCCCCUUAAGAAAAUACACAGUUGCAUAGGACUGAAGAUAUGAAUCCAUUAUGUACCUCAAAGUGAAGCAGAUCAGUGUCUGUGCUUAUCUAUACUGGAUAGGUAGUGAUAAUUUUGAAAAAGAUUUGUUAGUUAGAAAGGCAAAAUGAUUCGUGUCUUCCAAAUUGGAGUGAUGGAGAUGAGAAUUGAUGGCAUGCAUGUAUAAUGGAUGGACACACUGAUCACUCCUCACUCCUGCCACUGUGUCACAUUAACUAAUCCAGCUUUAGCCAUAACGGUGUAGAGCUGAGAAGUGGUAGUCUGCUCCGACGAGCAGACGGCACACACGUACAGCUCCUUCAGUGUAGGGCUACCAUUGAGACACAUGUACUGUUAUGUCAGUAUUCACACUGACAAGUGCAUUGUGUGGAGUCUGGGGGUCGUCAGUCAGUCGGUUGGUUAACUCCAGGACUUGAGGAUUGUGGGUAUGGAGAGAUUCCCAGUGUCAGCAGAAGGACAGGUUUGUACCUACGGCUUGGAGUGGUAGUCGGUGCAGCAGUGUCUGUGUGUGAAGUGCUGUGUGUGCAGCCAACAAGCAGUGAGCCCGGAGUACCUACGUGCUGAUCACAUGGUGUAGCCUGUUCCACUGGUGUUUACUGGGAUACUGAGCAGUAGAAUCAGACAUCUCAACAUGCCUCAUUUACAAUUGAAGAGGAGGAUCUGCUUCCAAUUACAUUGGAAACCUGAGAAAAGACGAAAAUUAGAAAUGGCACAGAAAAAGAAUGUAAUAUCCUCCUUACAAGAAGAUGAGGGAGAUGAUAGGAACAGCCUCAUGCCCGAAACAGGGGGAGAACUUGUCUGCCGGAACAGCCCUCAAACCCGUGCCCCCUCUUCCCAGCCACAGGUGGAGGAAGGCAAGCUGAUGCUGGAGACACUGCAAGGCUUUGUCAUGUUCGUCAAGAAGAACUGUACGAUUCUGUAUGUGUCCGACACUAUAGAGCAACACCUGGGUCUCAAACAGGAAAACCUCCUGGGAACGUCUUUGAUCCACAUCAUCCACCCAGAAGAUGUGAGAGAGCUGUCGAAGCAGUUUACCGUCUCUGUACCCCCCCCAACAGCUGAUGUGUCGGCAAAUGUCAAGGACAUCCUCCAGUCAGAGCAGAAAUGCUCUUUCCUCAUACGGAUGAAGUUUCAAUUUGGUAAAAUUGAUGCGAGGAGUCGUCAGACAGGCUUCGUGCUUGUACACUGGACAGGCCGCCUGAGAUUACGAGCCUCCAGAAAGGCGUGCGGCUAUGCCAUUGAAGGCCUUGUGUGCAUGUGUCAGCCCCUGCAGACAAGCGCCCUCCUGGAGAUUAGGAUGGGAGGGAACAUGUUCAUGAGCAGACAUGACCUUGGGAUGAAGUUUACAUAUUGUGAUCCCAGAAUCAUCACACUGAUUGGCUACGAACCAAACGAGGUGAUUGGCAAGACAGCUUACUACUUUCACAAUCCACUCGAUGCCUCGAAAGUCAGCGACUGUCACUCCAACUUGAUUGUUAAAGGAACAUCAGUGAGCAAGUACUAUCGCUUCUUUGGGAAGACGGGAGACUGGGUUUGGCUUCAGACCCGUGCUACCAUCAUCUAUAACACUGCCAACAAACCACAGUAUGUCAUCUGCAUGAACUAUGUCAUCGGGGAGGAGGAGGGACAGAGGUACCUGACAAUGGAGGAGGAACAGCAGGGAUUCCGAGACCCGAAUGUCCGUGGCUGCAUUGACCUUGUCAACACCAGCACAGAGUCUCCGGUGAGCAUUUGCAGUAGCAGUGGUGAUGAGGGCCAUGACGACACCGGCUACAGCAGCGGCUACAGCCACACCACCGACUCCAACAGUCCCCAUACCACAGGCUGCUUGAACCUGUCUUCUCCCGACACCCACAAUCCACCAGAGCAUGGGGAUGACUCGGUGCUCGACUACCCAAUGACAGAUGUCAGCCAGAUAGAGAAUCUUCAGAGGGACACUUCAGACCCUGUGAGCCAAGCUGUGACAGCUAUGUCCAAUGCCCUUGACCCAUUCUUGAGUUCAUUCAGAGAGGAGCUAGGGCUUGAAGGUCCACCAGCUGAGGAUGGAAUGGAUCUGUUGGAUGACUUGCUGAAGAGUAUGGAGGAAGAAGAGUCUGUGUCUCCACCACCACCACCUCCAGCUUUGCCAACUGUCCCGAAUGAUCCUACGAUUAAUGUUCCCGAAACAGGUAGACACAAGUCUCUUUUGCGGUCACUCCUUGACAGGGGUGAUAAAUCUACAAGUACAAGUAAAUCCACCAUAGACUAUACGUUUUCCUCCUCAGGACCUGUUUUGAAAGAUGCUGUGUUAUUUUCAACAUCAAGUUUGACAAGUGUUCAGCCAAAUAAAACAAUCAACACAAUGUCUAUAUCCACCAUACCAUUUACUUCCAAUGAUUCCCAGACUCAGACUCUUAUUCCUCAAAUCACUAGCCCCAGUUCAGUACUAAGUGAGCAAGUAGUAGGGACAAUAGAUACAUCAAGCGUCACUGUCCCCCAGCCAGAUCCCUUCAUCCCAGAAGACUUGCUAGACUUUGCCAUGCAGUACUGUGACAGUAUUCCUGAUGAGCAAUCCCAAGCCAUCAUCACCAGCUAUGGUCAAGAUCUGUGGUGCAGUGGCGUGGACGACCUCAUCACAACCUUUGCUGAUGUCCAGCAAUCCACCACCGAGCCAGUGAUGUCCUCUGCAGUCAACACAAAUCCAGCUAAGGGUCCUCCUCCAGAAGGUCCUCAAGCCACGCCUGAAGUAAGCUACAUAGAUCUGGAUAACUGCAACAGGAAAGCCCUGAACCCAAUUUCUGGUAUGCAGAAUCAGUGUCAAAAUACACAGUCCUCUCCAGGUGUUUCAAAGGAUUUCUCAACACAGACAUUGUUUGAUGUUCUUAGCAACAGAAAUACCUCUCAGUUAAAAGAUUCCAAGAGCAACAAGAGUGUAUUCAUCCAACCACUGAGGGCCACUCCUCGGCCAGUUGUUAGUCACACUGUUUCCAGUUCAGCAUUAGUGAAAGGUCCAUUUACCAGUAGGUGCGCUGUCAGUUCAGAGUCUGAGAGAUGUCAGAAGUUGACAUUUAGGACUGUUCCAACUCCACAUCCAAGGUUCCCCUGCAGUUCUGUGGGGGGCUCAGUGGGACGAGGACACACAACCACAGUAUCUGCUGCCUGUGUUAGUCCCAGGUGUGGCAAGUCAUUAGUGUCAGUUCUAUGUGACAAAGGUGCUGCUUCACCAAGUUCAUGUUCAUCCAAAUCCUCAACCAUUGUUGGUCCAAGUCAUCAGCCAACACAGACAGCUUCAAGUAGACAUUGUGAACAGGUAACUGCUAAGCCAUCUGAGGGCAUGUCAGAACUAGAGAAAUACUUACGUGGGUACAUCAAAAGACCGCACGCUGACAAAGCAGCAGAGUGUGUGAUCCCGCCCCAACUCUCCACUUCCCCACCAGCAAACACGCCCUUCCUUCAGAAGCUGCUGACUGGUGAACUCUCACAUGAACACUACAGAGAGAUUGACUCACAGAUGCUCAAGCAAGAGAAACAACGUCGGUCAUCUACUCACUCAUUGCCAGAGGUGAAGGGCUGAUGAAGGCCAUGUUGUGUCUACUAGCUACCUAAUUCACGGAUAUAAUGGAGUGUGAUAAGAAAAGUUGUAAAUCGUAUUUCAUCUGUACAAAACGGCCCGUGGCCUACAAGUACUGAAUGAAGUGAAGAAGUGAAGUGAAGACAAAUUGUAGUGUGAUUCCAAGGCUGUCAAUUCAAGGAAUAGAAGAUGAAGACGACACAGAUGUGUUAGCUGCCUGACAAAUCAGCUGGAUAAAAUAUUGUUUGGAAAAAGCAAUGUGUGAUACGAAGACAGAUUUGAUAGUUUGAUCCCGGAGUGAUGUGAGACCUCCUAAUCCUUGAUAUACAGUUUGAUGAUGAUGAUGUUGGCAUUGUUCAUCAGAUGAUGUGUGCUAUAAUAUUCCUUUCACUGACAGACAGGAGGGCUUAUUCACCAUGAUAUCUCUUUCAUGUCUGUAGGGUAUAUGCAGUGAAAUCCUGUUAAUACAGAGGAUUCUAUUCCUGUUGAAUUGCUGUGUGAUACAUUUCUGGAUUAUUGAUUCUGGGUUAUCAUGGAGACUGUUGAGUGCCCAGUCAGAUUCAUAUAGAUGUUCCACAUGCAGUUUGUCCAGAAGGUGCGAUUGUUACUGUUUGUAAUGCUUUAAUAUGUAGAAUGCCUUAAGAAAAGGCUUGUCAUGUCAUUACAUACACUUACUUUUAUUGUGGAGGUGGUGGGGGUAGCCUAGUAGUUAAGUGUUCGCUUAUCAUGCUGAAGGCCUGGGUUUGAUUCUCCCCAUGGGUACAAUGUGUGGUGUCAGUCUGUGUCCCUUGCUGUGAUAUUGCUGGACUGUUGCAAAAAGAGCAGCAUAAAACCAUGCUCACUCACUUAUCCUCACUCACUUACGUUUAUUGUAAAAAUAAUUUUGUCCUGAUGAUGAAUAUAUAUUUGAUGCGUUAUCCAAAACAUAUCCAACCCUUAAACUGUGUAUGAGACUCAAAUCGACACCAGAAAUAAUUUGACACGAAUCCUCAAUCAAGUCUUUGAAAGGCAUUUAGAAGUGAUACACUUAAGGAAGACAAUUUAUAGAUGUCAGCUUCUUUAUGAUGAGAAACACAAUGUUUCGGAGUACACGCUUACUCCUUCAUCACCUGAAGUUGUUUGCCUCAUAAUAAAUAAGUUGACAUCCAUAAAUUGGUUUUCUUACAAAUCGUCAAUGUCUUGAAUUAUCAAAGCUGGGAACAUUUGAAAUAUUUUGAAUUGUUAUCCCAGUGUAAAUGUUGGAACAAUUUAUCUGUAGUGGCUUACAUAAAUGCCCAUCAGGUUUCUUAAAUAUCGAUCUGUACCUGUUGCCUAUUUGUAGUCAGUGCUCAGUUAUUUAGGGAUUGACGUCAAUGGGUUUUUUUUGUUUAUGGGGGUAUAAAUAUAAUAACCGGUAUGCAGACUUUGUUAAUCCAUGUCACAUAUUGAUUAUAUUGAAGUCAAUUCUUUAUAAAUAAAUAUAUCAACAAUAA